AGUGACACGUUGUGUUUUCGUCCCGCCCCUCACACGAGCACACACACACACACAUCGGUGGAAACCGCCCGGUUAUGCGCGUUUGUUUACUUUAGUGUUGAUUUUUCUGCAAAUAGGAGAUUAUUCCAUCUCCUUGCCUUGAUGGACAGUGUUAUGUUGCGCGGGGUUUUGUGUGUGUUAGCUCUCUGUGUGUGGAGCUCGGCGGCGCGCGGACGCAGUGAUGUGCUCGAGCUCGAAGACGCAGACUUCGACUACAUCGCGCCCGAGCACGAGACCCUGCUGGUGAAGUUUUAUGCCCCAUGGUGUGGUCAUUGUAAGAAACUUGCUCCGGAGUUUGAAACUGCUGCUACACGACUGAAGGGAACAGUAACUUUAGCCAAGGUGGACUGCACUGCUAAUACAGAGACCUGCAAGCGCUAUGGGGUCACUGGAUACCCAACGCUCAAAAUAUUUCGGAACGGACAGGAAUCAUCUUCAUAUGACGGGCCACGCUCAGCUGAGGGAAUCGUGAACUAUAUGAAGAAACUGGCCGGGCCUGAUUCUGUGCCUCUGCAUAGUGAGCAUGACCUGGAGAACUUCAUCAACAACUUUGAUGCAAGCAUAGUUGGAUUUUUCUCAGGGGCUGACAGUUCUCAGCUCUCUGAGUUUCUUAAAGGAGCCGGUUUAAUGAGAGAGAGUUUCCGCUUUGCUCACACCACAGACCUAGAGCUCGGAAAGAAAUAUGACGUCAAAUAUGAGUCUGUGCUUCUGUUCCGCCCCCCCAGACUGAGCAGUAAGUUUGAGGAGAGUGUGGUUCACCACGCAGGACCCCUGUCCAUCACAGGCCUGCGCCGCUUCAUCAGAGACAACAUUUUGGGACUCUGUCCUCACCUGACCAAAGAGAAUAAGGAUUCACUGAGGAAGCGGGAUUUACUGACGGCCUACUAUGACUUGGAUUAUCUUCGCAAUCCCAAAGGCUCCAACUACUGGAGAAACAGAGUGCUGAAGGUGGCGUCUAAGUUCAGUUCUCAGGGCCUGUUGUUUUCUGUGGCGAACCGUAAUGACUUUCUGGAGGAGCUGGAGGAUGAGUUCGGUCUGGGCACAUCGGACUCAACUGAGCUGCCGUUUGUCACCAUCAGGACACGAACAGGAAACAAAUACACCAUGAGAGAGGAGUUCACACGAGAUGGCAGGUCUUUAGAGAAUUUUCUGGAAGACUAUUUUGCCGAGCGACUGAAGCGUUACGUCAAAUCAGAGCCUGUGCCGGCCAAAAACAAUGCAGCCGUCAAGGUGGUUGUGGCAGAUACGUUUGAGGAGAUCGUCAAUGACCCAGAGAAAGACGUGCUUAUUGAGUUUUAUGCUCCGUGGUGUGGCCACUGUAAAAAACUGGAGCCCAAAUAUACAGAGCUUGGAGAACAGUUAUACAGUGACCCCAGUAUUGUAAUCGCUAAGAUGGAUGCAACUGCCAAUGACGUCCCGCAGGGCUAUGACGUGCAAGGGUUUCCUACAAUAUACUUUGCCGCUGCUGGCCGGAAAGAUGAGCCAAAGCGAUAUGAGGGACCCCGUGAAGUGAAGGAUUUCAUCAACUUCCUGAAGCGUGAGGCGUCCAAACCGCUUGUUCUGAAUGGAGUCAAGGAAGAGCUGUAAACGUUAAAGGGGGAAAUUGCUGUAUGUUGCGAAGCGUUAUUCAGGAAGAGUGAAGAAUCCUGUAGGAUUCUGCUGCAGUUCAGCCAUACGUAUCACCAAAUCAAAUAAAUUGGCAGCAAUCAAUAACAUAAAACUAGGGUGACCAAAUGUGCCAUUUUCCCAGGACACGUCCUGGCCAGGAUUUCUAUAUUGCCUAAAAUAUCCAGGUUUUGGCUUUGGUUUCCCGUUUUCAUACUUAAUGAUCGUUUGACCAAUAACAUACAGACAUUGUACUUAAUCGACCAAUCAUGGUGCGUGAGAAGGUGGGAUCUACAGAGAACAGUCAAAGCGAUGCAAAUACGUGUACAUGUUAGUGUUUGACUUGAAGCAGCACUGAGCAUACCGAACGGUGUAUGACAUCACAGUACCGUGAGAGCGAUUCAAAAGCACAAGAAGCCAUCUGCUCUCUAGAGCUCUCACCGUACUUUGUCACAUAACAAUUGCCAAAACGUGGAUAUUUUAGGGGAAUAUAGAAAUCCUGGCUGGGACGUGUCCUGGGAAAAUGGCACAUUUGGUCACCCUAAUAUAACCAAUUGUAAUUAUACAGAGAUCCAGGGCCUCAUUUAUAAAAUGUUGUGCAGAAACAUCUUAAAUUUGAUCUUACGAUCCUCUCUCUAAUAUGCGUGCUCGUGAUUUAUAGAAUGAACGUACGCACAGAAAACACACAUAUGCCUCUCUUUCAGAUGUGAAAUCUAUGAAUCGCAAGUGAUCUUAAACUGAAUGGCUUCAGCUCUCUACAUUUCCAAACGUAGUACUUACGCAUACGCACACUCGAAGAUCAAAUCUGUGCAUACACACUUUAUUAAAGAGGCCCCCUAUAUUUAUAUUGUCCACAUGAUAGAAAAUAGUGCAGAUUGCUGCUUAUGUUGAAGAGUCCUGUUUUGUUGUUUAAUCAUUUUGUUCUUUGUUGCAUGAGCUUCAUUGAUGUGUUCGUUACUGUUUAUACUCAAUAUGUCCAUCUGUACAUUAUUUAUCAUUGUUUAACAUACAUUUACAAAAAUACCAAUAUCCAUGCCCUGUAUGGCUGGUAAUACUAAUCUGAUUUCAUGCAGUAGAUGCACAGUAAUUGGUUUCAAGCACAGUUUGUGGUGUAUCAGCAUAAGGAGCCAUUAUCAAUGUUUGCAAUUGUCAUUUCUUGCCAGAUUUGCUACUAAAAUGAUCAAAUGGAAAGGCAUUUUUUAACCCAAAGUCUGUUAUGACAUGGGUUGAACAAUUGGUUAUGUAAUGUUUAUUUAUUGACUAUUUAUAUUGCGUUUGGGUGUGAAAGGGAUGCAGUUUAUAUGGUGAACGUUGUCCUGUCACUAGCGUGUUUUUCUGUGUAUCUAUGCCUUAAGGUUUAGUAUGUAGGUAGUUUGAUUGACGUCUAACUGAAGCUAUGUUCAGCAAGAGAUACUCACUGAUGAGCAGAAAAUGCUGGUUUAUUAAAAUAAUUGAUUUUGG